CAGCAGUCUCUGGGCACGAUCCGAGCUUUCGACGACGUACGCCUGGUCUUUGAUGGCCACGCGCAGCCAGCCAGUGUGUUUACAACGGGACAUAUUGCGCACUGGAUCAGGAACAGCCACACCGGGUAGACGAGGCGCGUGCCUGUCUUAUAGGCAGUACAGAAGGCAACUCGAAAGCCAAAAUGGGCUGGGAGGAUGGACUCUAAGCCCGAUACCCUGGAUGAACCUAUAAUCGUCUGUGAUCCAAAUGCCAAUACUCUGAAGCCAUUUGCGUCCGAAUCUUCAUUCAAAGUCAAGCGUAGGUCCAUCCGGCUUCGCAAGUGAGCUUUCCAACACACAUCAAGUGCGGGAAGAUCGAAUUGGCGCAUGCAUUCCCUGGCAUGACAGCACAUAUCUUAUCCGCUGUCUGUAGUUCUAUCUCGGCGCCGUUCGGACAGUGGCCCAUCCAUGCUCCAGUGCUAUAACGUACUCCUAUGUAGUUGCCAAGACCAGAUUCAACCGUCAGAUCUCCCAUUGCACGGACGUUUCCGACGGCGGACUAGAACCCACACCCAUGCUCGUCAACAUGGGAGCAAAC